UUGAUAAGACGGUUCCAAAGUUCAGCACACCUGGGGAUGGGUGCUCCUCUCCCUACGCUGGUCAGAGAUGGUUCAGGUCGUGGAUAGGAUAUCCUAUGAAGCCCAGAGCCGCUCACCGAUACCCGGGGGAUUGGGACUUGGUCUCUCCUUGUGUCUUCAUUGAUUAUGGACCUGGACCAUUCCUAUUUUCUUCCUUUGACUGACACAUCACAUGUUGGGUUCUCCCUGAGGAAAUCAGGACAGUACAGACAGUGGGAACGGGAUUUUUAUCUCACUCUUCUUACUCCUCAAGCCCAAUGGAUAUGUGGCCUAGGAAGGUCAUAGUGCUACUCCUGUACUGCUAUGACACGGAGGGCCAUACAAGCCGAAGAUUGAGUGCCAGAACGUCACCACUCUUUCUUGUGACCUCACUGCAGAGACACCAUACAUCUAUCAAAAUUCCUACUAUGCUGAGGUUUUCGCCGACAGUCACUCACUCGGCCGUACAGCACUGUUUAAACCUCUGAGAGACACUGUCAUAAGACUCCCAUCGAGGAGAUGUUCAAUAGUACCAGCUUUUCCUACCAUGACCCUCCAACCUUCUAUAUCCUCAAACAGGUCCAUAAAGACACAACUGGAGAGUUUGUCCUCAACCAUCUACAAAACAACAACGUAAUGUACUGUGGCUAUGUGGUCUACACCCCGAAAAGAGAAAUGUACCGAAAUGCCAGUGAGAGCUGUACAUUCUGUGUGGCAUUACCAGGUGAACACUGGCUGCUGUUUCCCUGGUUCCUCCUCUUAGGGUGUCUGCUACUUGGUUCCUUCCUGCUACCGGUGGUGGUGUGUCGUCACUAUGUGAGAAAGAAGAGUACAGACGCCUUGAAACUGACAACAAGCAACGUCCCACCUCCAAUGUGGCACCCUCCAGGAGCCAUCACCUACUCCAUUGCCAAGUCGUAUCAUUACCCUGUAGGGUUCUCCUACGGUGACCUGGAGUCUGGUAAACUCCAGAUGGGGCCAAAGUUCACCAGCAGCGGAUCUGGGUCCUAUUCCCCCCAGGACGAACCCUCCUCUAUUGUCCAGCCCAGCACUGGGCAAGGGGCAUCACUAUUGUCUGAUCUGGUCACCACGGGGGAGACAGAGUGGUUGGGCCCUGGUACAGGGAGAGAGGAGGAGAGAACAAUAUACACCCAAAUCUCUCCAUUGUGUUUCAAUAACUCCAAUGACUCACCAUCUCACUCCAUACCUCCCAUCAACCUUGCAGACUGCGAGACCUCAUCAAUGACAUUCUUGUCUGGUUACAAACAACACUGGGUACCCCUUGCCCCUCAAGGUCUAACAGCAGAGGAUAACUUUGGGAUUUCCUCAUAUGCUCCACAACAGGCUUGGAUUGAUCAGGAGGAAGAAGCGGAAGAAGGAGAAGAAGGAGGAAAUGAACGAAUCCGUGAAUUCUUUCUGGGAGGUUGGGUGGUACAAAUUCUUUAGUUCCACUAAAAUAAUCUUAAGGGCCUCUGUGCCUGUUCGCUCUGUUCGGGUCCCCAAUGUACGUCAGAGACAAGUUCCGUCUCAGCGAGUCUUCACAAAGUGCAGGGAGAAGUUGGAAGGAGCAGAGAGAGGGUUUUGGCGGCGGCGCAGAGUGGGGUUUUCACGGUGCCGCUCCUGCCUGCUAUGGAGCUUGUGAUUCAGAAACAAGAACAGGAUUCUACUCCAGUAUCCAGCACACAUGGCCCCCUCAAUGGAGUCCUACUGAAUCAAAGCUAUAAUUUUGGCCCUUUUUUAAACAUUAUAACUAAUGUAGGACGUAGGAUCAAGUGUUGUAAAAAUGUAGGAUCAAGGAUAUAAGAUCAAAUGCUGUAAAAUAAAUUUGUGUACAUUAUAUUGUGACGCUCUAUUUCAUUUGCAUACUGUGCAACAGUUCCAGCAAUAGGCUAGUUCUACCAAUAUAUGUGUGCACACAUACACACAUCUUAAUGUACACAAACAUGUUCAUUUAAAUCGUGACUGUGAAGUUUCUGUUUCAUUUGAAGAAAUGAAAUGGACAUCCGUGAUUCAAGCUGGGUGGCAUAAGGUGGUAAACAGCCAGUCCUCUUGUGUCACAAUGUCAUCAGCACAAAGCUUUUCAUUUCAUCAUACUUUGUCUCUUUAUUUAUUGUUUCUUGCUCUUCAUAUUAUGUGUGUUAAUGUUCCACGUUAUAUGCACCACUAUGCUGAAGAAAAUAUGACUGACAUUUUCACGAGUUUUAUAGCAACAAUUGAAAUUCAUAUUAGCAUUGAAGGUGAUGCAUUGUAUACAUUUCUAAAAAUAUUAUUGUCAGAAAUACAAAAAGGGGCAGCGUGAGUUCGGUGAGAAAUGUGUCAAAUGACUUUGUAGAGUGUUUGGUCUUCGAAGUAUGUGACCUCAAUAACAUCUAGUCAUUGUUUGCUGCCCUUUUGAGGUGAUGAAAUUACAGGACAGGAGACAAAAGGGUUGGUAAUUCUUUACCAGGGUGUGGUGGUUAUGGUACUCUGGUGAGCUACCAACACCAAAUGGCAUGUGGUAUCUAAGUGAAACUACCUAUUACUACACUUUGAUAUAUUAAUAGGCUAAAACACUGUUAAAACUGGCAGGUAUUCCUAGUUGAUGCUGUGAUGUGUAUCACAUAUUCAACAUAUAUGUACAGUAUAAUACUGAUUUGUUUUUAUAUGAGUCACUUUCAUAACUAAUAUGAUUGUGAAUUUGAUGUUUUCAUUAAAAGGUAACUACUGUAGGUAACUUG